CCCAACUGGACGAGAAAGAAACAGUGAGCUGACAAUAACGCAGGAUAUAGACUCUGAAGAGCGGCUUACACCGUCACCCCACAUAACCGAAUAACGUGUAUAGGCGGCACUAAGAAACUCAUCACUAUGUGAAGUGCCCAGGCUUGUUUGCUUACAUGACUUGGCGGAGCAGACUGACUCCCCGAUGGACCCGAGUACCGCCGGCCACCUGGACUUCUACAUCGGCCUUUGUCUGGCCGUCGGUUCGAGCGCCUUCAUCGGCAGCAGUUUCAUCCUGAAGAAGCAGGGGCUACUGCGCCUGGCGCAGAAAGGAUCCACAAGAGCAGGACAGGGUGGACAUGCUUAUCUUAAGGAGUCGUUAUGGUGGGCUGGGCUCCUUUCAAUGGGGGUGGGAGAAGCGGCCAAUUUCGCCGCUUACGCCUUUGCCCCUGCCACCCUGGUGACGCCGCUGGGAGCCUUGAGCGUGUUGGUGAGUGCGGUGCUCUCCUCGUACUUCCUCAACGAGCGGCUGAACACUCACGGCAAGAUGGGCUGCUUGCUGUGCAUCCUGGGCUCCACGGUCGUGGUCCUUCAUGCCCCGCAGGAGGAGGAGGUGGUGUCCCUGAGCACAUUGGCUGAGAAGCUUAAGGAGCCGGGGUUCAUCGCGUUUGCUGUGGGUGUCGUGGCCAGCAGCCUGCUGCUGAUUUUCUUGGUCGCCCCGCGCUACGGCCAGAAGAACGUGCUGGUGUACAUCCUGAUCUGCUCAGCCAUCGGCUCGCUGUCCGUGUCGUGUGUGAAGGGCUUGGGCAUCGGCAUCAAGCAGCUGUUUGGGGGGAAGGCCGUGCUGAGAGACCCCCUCUUCUGGAGCUUGCUGGUGGGCCUCGUGGUUUGCAUCAGCACGCAGAUAAACUAUCUGAAUAAGGCGCUGGACAUCUUCAACACCUCUGUGGUGACACCCAUCUACUACGUGUUCUUCACCACCGCCGUCGUCGCCUGCUCUGCUAUCCUCUUCAAGGAGUGGCUGUGGAUGACGCUGGAACGGGCCGUGGGAACCGUGGGUGGCUUUCUGGGCAUCAUCCUGGGCAUCUUCCUUCUGCAUGCCUUCAAGGAUGUACCGUUCUCCUGGGACACUCUGCCGCUCUUCCUCCGCCAGGGCCACCAGGGGGUGCUGUGGGGCCAGACGUACGUUGCCCUGCUACAAGAGGACACAUCGCUGGCAGAAUGAACCGUAGCAUUCUCCCCAGUCAGAAGGAGUGAUAUGGUGCCCCUCCCUAGGCGAUAUUGUAUUCACGCAGAGGACAAUGCAGCUUCUGUGCUGACAGACGUUUCCUACAUGCUGCACUUUACAGGAAAACAAACGCGGCUUGUCUGCACAUGCCACUGUCACCUUCAGCAAAGGUUUGCCUUGAAUAUGCAUUUCAGCUGCCUACUUUUAAAGCACAGACUGAGUACUGCUCAAAAUAUCUAUUUUAUCCUCAGGCCUCGUCGUGCAUUUCCACAGAUCCACUCUUCCGUUCAUCCAUCACGAAUGGAUCAACCUGGCUUCAUCUAGGCUCCGAUGAAUCACAUCUAAUCUCAUACACACAGGAACUCAUCAGGUAGGAUAGAAGACCUGCUGGAUAAAGACACUCCAGGAUCAGGGUUGCAGACCCCUGAUCGAGGGUCAUAGAAGCAGGCAUGUACUCGGCCGGAAUAGAAAAGUGAGGUCAGAUAUAACGCUACAAUUCGCCUGAAAAUACCAGGCGAUCGGUUAACUUAAAGACAUUUAACCAGACUGAAGAAAUUACAUGCAUUGUAUGUGGCACUAUUUAAAAUACAUAAAUACCGUAUCUACGUUACCUGCUAUAAAAUAGGUAUUAAUAAGUAUAUAUGUCAUGCCCGGCUCGUACGACCCUCCUGUGUGCCACGCCCCCCUAAUUACCCACAUGUGCUUCCCCGAUCGUACCCAGCUGUGUCUCCUUAUUUUGCUCGGUCUUGUCUAUUUCAGUCCCUGUCUUUCGGUCGGUCAUUGAUGUUAGUUAUCGUCUGAUGUUUCUUGUCCCUAGUCCUUCCAAUAAAUCCCCGUUUUCCCCGAUUCCGCCUGCCUGCCUGCUUCCUGCCCGCAUUGCUCGCCCGUGCGCAUUACCCGUGCGCUUGGAUCGUGACAAUAUACAUAUAUUAAUUAAUAUAUAUGCAUAUAUACAUACAUACACUACCAGUUAAAAGUUCUUGCACACACUGAGAUUUUCAGCAUUUGCAUGUUACUCACUCAACAUUUACUAAAAAAUAGUCAACAAGUAUUUUUUGCAUCACCACGCAACCAGUCCAUAGGAUGUCAGACAUGCACUGUUACAUACCCUUUCCAUGUUAUAAAGGAAACUUGUUUUACUGACUUGUAUUUUCAUUUAUAGUUGCUCACUCAGCCUUCUAAUGCUUAACAAGAAUAAAAAAAAUAUGCAGUUUAUGAAAUAAAUGGAGAUACGUUCCAUGAAUUAGACACUCUUUUUACUUCUCAUACAUCCACCCAUCCAUCCAUUUUCCAAACCGCUUAUCCUACUGGGUCGUGGGGGGUCCGGAGCCUAUCCCGGAAGCAAUGGGCACGAGGCAGGGAACAACCCAGGAUGGGGGACCAGCCCAUCGCAGGGCACACUCACACACCAUUCACUCACACAUGCACACCUAUGGGCAAUUUAGCAAGUCCAA